GUUUGGUCUUUUACAAAGGCCAGGAUCGUUAAAAAGAGAUAUAGACGAGUUUUGGUCCCAAGAAGCAAACCAUACUUCCUCUUAGGCUCCAUAAAAUAUCAGUUUCUGUCGCUUUUUAAAAGAAAAAUCUGACUUCUACAAGCUAACUCAUUUGCAUGGCUAUCCGUUUGAAUCCUUGCCGUUCUUCUAGCUCCAAAGCCUUUUCCAGUAUAUCUUCAGUUGCUAAUGAGAUAAUACAGCCAAGAAUUUGUUUAGCCUCCUGGAAUCCCCAGAAUUAUUCAAGAAUUUGUCGAUGGAAGCAUUUUCAGCUGAAAGCAUCAAAUGUGCAACCGUUAAAUGCCUUGUCUUUGCAGGCUGGUGCAUCUGCAAGCUCUCUGAGGAUAGAACGUGUUGAAACUCCAGCUGAAGAGAAUGGUGUUCAACUCUUGGAAACAGAGAAAACAGAGUCUAGUACUUCUCUCAGUAUUGUUGUUGUUGGAGCUUCAGGGGACCUUGCCAGGCGGAAAAUCUUCCCAGCACUCUUUGCACUUUUCUGCGAAGAUCGCCUACCUCAGAAUGUUACAAUUUUUGGCUAUGCACGUAGCAAGAUGACCAAUGAGGAGCUCAGGAACAUGAUAAUCAUGAAUCUGACUUGCAAAAUAGACAAGAGGCAAAAUUGCAAUGAAAAGAUGGAUCAAUUUCUAAAGAAAUGCUUUUGCCAUUCGGGUCAGUACAGUUCAGAAAAGCAUUUCAUGGAGUUAGACGAGAAGCUCAAAGAGAAAGAGUCUGGAAGAUCAUCAAAUAGGUUGUUUUAUUUGGCAAUACCUCCAAGUAUGUUUAUAGAUGCUGUGAGAUGUGCGAAACGCAGUGCUUCUUCAGGCAAUGGCUGGACUAGGGUCAUUGUUGAGAAACCUUUUGGUCAUGACAUAACCUCAUCAAGAGAGAUGACAGGAUGCCUCAAGCAAUAUCUGACUGAGGACCAAAUAUUCAGAAUCAACCAUCACAUGGGCGAGGAGCUUGUGGAGAAUCUGUUGGUGCUUCGCUUCUCCAACCUUAUUUUUCAGCCUUUAUGGUCUCGGAAAUACAUCCGCAAUGUGCAAUUCAUAUUUUCUGAAGAUUUUGGUACAGCGAAAAGAGGCAGAUACUUUGAUAACUAUGGAAUCAUUCGGGAUAUUAUACAAAAUCAUCUCCUCCAAAUACUAGCACUAUUUGCAAUGGAGACGCCUGUCAGUUUGGCAGCAGAGGACAUCAGGAAUGAAAAGGCGAAGGUUUUGCGCUCAAUAAGUCCUGUUCAGCUAGAAGAUGUAGUUGUUGGCCAAUAUAAGAAUGACGGCCAUGGCCAAGGAAUUACAUCCCAUGGUCAUCCUGCUUAUACUGACGACCCAACUGUGUCAACUAAUAGCCUGACGCCAACUUUUGCAGCAGCAACACUCUUUAUCAAUAAUUCUCGUUGGGAUGGAGUUCCUUUCCUGAUGAUCGCAGGAAAGGCACUUCAUUCAAAGCGAAUGGAGAUCAGAGUUCAGUUCAGACACGUUCCUGGUAACUUGUACAACAGAAACUUCGGAACUGACUUAGAUAAGGCCACCAACGAGCUUGUGCUACGAGUUCAACCUGAUGAAGCUAUUUACCUGAAGAUCAACAACAAGGUUCCAGGUCUUGGAAUGAGAUUGGAUCUCAGUCACCUUAAUUUGCUCUACAAAUCAAUGAAUGAAAGAGAAAUUCCGGAUGCAUAUGGAAGGUUACUCUUAGAUGCAAUAGAAGGAGAGAGAAGGUUGUUUAUAAGAAGUGAUGAGCUUGAUGCAGCUUGGGGAGUAUUCUCACCAUUGCUGAAGGAAUUAGAAGAGAAAAAGAUUGUCCCAGAGCUCUACUCGUAUGGAAGCAGUGGUCCAGCAGGUGUUCACUACCUUGCUGCCAAGCACAGUAUUCGCUGGGGAGAAUUCGGUGAUGACCCAUGAGGAAUCUUGAAUUGUAACUUAUAUAUAGGUAGGUUGUUUGGUUUUAAAUCAUUGCUCACAUUUUGAAUUUUCUUGUUUAAUUUUUUUUUCUUGUUGAUAA